GGGGAACUGAGCGGCGGUCCCGCUCCCGCCAUCUUUGGCGAGGGCGGGCGCGGGCUCAGGGCGGCUUUGGACACGCGUGUGCGCGCGCGUGUGUAUGAGUAACUCUUCCGAUGGGCUCACCCACAAAGGUGGUGUCCAGGUACCAUUCUUCGGAGCCUGUCUUUGGAGCAGUGGCCGGCGGAGUUAUCCAAGAUGCUUUGCUGCACAUGGCCAGGGAGAAUGAGCAGUACCUGAGUGAACUGUGCGAGGAGGCAGGUUGCUUUAAAGAGACACAGAUUGUGGAAUUUGUGUUUCUUCUGUCCGAAAAAUGGAGCCUGACUGAAUCGGCAAGAUACCAAGCCAUAGAAAUAUUUGAAAGGUUCAUGCUUACACUCAUUAAAGAGGCUUCUCAUCUCACGAGAGCAAAGGAGGAAGACGGCAAGUGGGCCUCAGUGAAACAGCAGAUUGAGAGCACGUAUGUGCUGCGUCUGGUCUCUUGCAUCCAGCUUGCCAGCAAGCUCUCCUUCCAUUAUAGUAUAGUGAAUAACAACGUGGUUCUGAGGUUUCUGAAGUCUUUGGGCUUCUCCUAUACCACAGAAGAACUACUGGAAUCUGAACUGGCUAUUUUGAAGGCUCUGCAUUUCCAAAUCAAUUUUCCAGCCCCUUUUGCUUAUGUUGAAAUGCUGCUGGAGGUUUUAGGGUACAAUGGCUACAUGCUGCCCACAAAACAGCUGCUUGAAAUGUGCAGACAUUUGCUGGCUUUAACGUACCUCUUGCGGAGCAGCGUUUAUGACACCUUGCUGAAGACUUCGAUUAAAAACUCCUCUCCGAAUGAGCUCCAGCUGGCGAAGUUUCUGCCAGUGAAAGAAGAUCUCAUGCUAUUGGCUGUCGGAGUCAUUGGGGCAAGCACUUUCCUCCUGAAUCCCGAGGGCUUGAAUCAGGUUACGGAAUACCUCAGCGACACCACAGGCAUCGGUCGGCAAGACAUUAUUGAGGCAGUCUACGCAAUUCUGAAGCACAGCGUGGGCGACGACUAGUUUCUUCCACCUUCAUCCCCUGCCCUCCAAACAGCAUGCUGCCACACUUCAUCUGGGGCUCUCAAAGAGAUGGUUGUGCUCCCAAGAAACAAGGCAACCAGUUAUAUUUAAAUGUUAAUGCUUACCUCACAGGCUUUUGUCCUGUUACCGUAACCUUUUGAGAAGGCCUGGGGCGGGCACUUAAAGAGGACACUUAAAAGGGGCCUUAGGCCUGCAACCAUUGAUGCCUUGCACAGUUACAACACUGGUGAAGAAGCAUGGCUCCUGAGGGCAGACACUGAGAUGUGUGUGCUGCCGCAAGAGGAGAAGAAUGUUUCUUCUGAAGGCCUCCCUGGAAGGCAGACGUCUCAGUGUAAGUGGAUGAACUCAUUCACAAGGAAAGAAGAAACAUUAAAUGCAUCUAUGGCAUCUCAUGAUAAAUAAGGAUGCUGUGUUCUUCCGGAAUACAAACAGCUUUUAUUUAUUCUUGCAUUUCCUAGGGCAUCUUAGUGUAGCAACCAAACUGCAAUUCUAAUAACGUUAUAGCUUAGUAGAGUCACUCCUCCAGUCUGAAAGCUGUUAAGAGCUCUUCAAGCAGGUCUCUUUUUACUGCCGUACGUGGGCCCCCCCUAACUAUCCAGGACCCGGUUUGCUUCUUUCCCUAAAAGCAGCAGCAGGCUGUGCUGCGACAGAAAUCCAACCAUGCUGUCGAGCCGUUUUGCUUCAUAUUACCCGACAAUGACAUUUUAAGACAAAAGUGCUUUGCAGUUUUUUGGUCUUGUAAGGUGAUGAUGUACUGAUAUCACAAGCCAAGUCCUGUUUUGGGUAUCUUUGAAACAAACUACAGACACAUUACGGGAUGGA